AAGGUGGUUCCAACGCCUAAAAAUAACCCUUACAAUGCUUUAGAGAAUGGCUAGAAAAAAAGCAUGUAAUCCCACCAUUCAAUUUUCAAGCGAAACCCAAUAUUUUAGACUGAAACAAAGAUUUAAAACAACAUAAAGUUUGGAAAAUGAAUUCUGUAUCAUAAAAAAUCCAACCAUUUCUUUUGUUCUUAAGUUUUAACCACAAAUGAAUCAUUUUUGUUUUUAACGGUUCAUGUUCUCUAAGUUUCUUGUAUUUGAAUAAAGGGUUUCCUCAGACUGAAUCUCAACAUCUAAACAAAGAUUAAGAUUCUUACUAGCUUUGCCAAUAAGGGUUCCCUUUAAUUGAUUUGAAUAAAAAAAAAGGGUCUUUGAAAAUGGGAAAACUUCCGGCAAUCAUUGGUAUUUGUUCCGUGCUUGUGGUGGCUAUGGUGGCAGCAAUAGCCGUUGGUGUCAGCCGUGCUAAAGAUAGUGACAAUGAUGAUGCCAAAGUCUCGACUUCCGAAAAAGCGGUCCAAUCCAUAUGUCAAACUACUGAUUAUAGAGAAACAUGUGAAAAUAGUCUUUCGAACGCCAACACCACCGAUCCCAAAGAGCUGAUAAAGGUCGGUUUUCAAGCGGCAAUCCAAGAGAUUGGCAAAGUGAUCGCCAAUUCCUCUACCAUCCAAAACGCGGCUAAAGACCCCAUGACUCGUCAAGCUGUCGACAAUUGCAAAGAGCUCAUGGGGUACGCCAUUGACGACCUCAAAGCCUCGUUUAAUCAACUCGGUGCAUUCGACGUUAGUAAGCUAGACGAAUACGUCGAGAAUCUCAAGAUAUGGAUGGGCGGUGCCAUUACGUAUCAACAAACAUGCUUAGACGGGUUCAUGAACGUAUCCAGUGAAACCGGUGUGAAAAUGAAGGCGUUGUUGAAUACUUCACAACAGUUAACCAGCAAUGGGUUAGCCAUGGUGACCGACAUAACUAAAAUCAUUAAGGACCUUAACAUUCCAGGCAUGGAAGGAGUCAGCACGGGGUCUAAACGUAAGCUAAUGGCGGAAGAUGGGUUCCCUUCGUGGGUUAGCUUUAAGCAACGACAGCUACUGCAACAAAAUGUGGCGGACAUGAAACCUAAUGUGGUGGUUGCUAAAGAUGGUAGCGGCAAAUUUAAUAGCAUCAAUGAAGCCUUAAAGGAAGUGCCUAUGAAAAAUACAGCUCCAUUUGUGAUCCAUAUUAAGGCUGGCGUUUAUAAUGAACAAGUUUUGGUUGCUAAAACUAUGACUAACGUUGUGUUCGUCGGAGAUGGACCGACCAAGACUGUCAUUACCGGUCGGAUGAACUUUGUCGAUGGCACCGUAACAUUCAAGACUGCAACUCUUGCUGCUGUGGGUGAAAGAUUUAUUGCAAAGAAUAUUAAAAUAGAGAACACAGCUGGAGCGAUCAAGCACCAAGCAGUGGCACUAAGGGUCCAAAGUGAUCGGUCCAUCUUCUACAAUUGUCAAAUGGAUGGCUACCAAGACACGCUUUACACCCACAGUCACCGUCAAUUCUACAGGGACUGCACCGUCUCCGGUACCAUUGAUUUCGUCUUCGGCGACGCCGCUACCGUCUUACAGAACUGCAAGCUUAUCGUUAAUAAACCACUCGACAACCAACAAUGCAUCGUCACCGCCCAAGGACGGACCGAACGCCGUGAGGUUUCCGGCAUGGUCCUCCAAAACUGCACCAUCUCCGGCGCACAGGACUACCUUCCGGUUAAGGCCAAGAGUAAAACACACCUCGGUCGGCCUUGGAAAGAGUACUCAAGGACCAUCAUCAUGCAAUCUCAGCUCGACGACAUCGUCACCCCCGAAGGAUGGAUGCCGUGGCAAGGCACCUUCGCCCUCGACACUUUGUGGUACGCCGAGUUCAAAAACCGAGGACCUGGUGCGGUCCAGACCAACAGGGUUAAAUGGAAAGGUAUACAACAGAUCAAUGACGCUCAAGCUAAGGAAUUCACUGCUGGUGUGUUCUUACGUGGUGAUGAAUGGAUCCCGAGCUCUGGGGUGCCUUACAUUGCCGGCAUGGUUCCUGGUGUAUAGAUAUCGGGGAAAUAUAUACAUAUAUAUCUGAAAAAGAUGAUGAAUAAGUUUAUGUAGAGAGAAUAAAUGAGAAUAAAGGAAUGUAGUAAGAGAAAGUUUGGUUAUAGAUUUAGAUAAUCGAACUAAGUUUUAGGGUCUACGGUAUGACUUAGUAUCUUACGAAAUGAUAAUAAAUGUGGAAGCUAGACAUGAAGUUUCAUGCAUCUUUGCUUGUUGAAUAAAGAUGCUUAGCAAAAUGUAAGUAAAAUUUUUAUUGAUGAAAAUCGGAAAGCAUUGGAUUUUUAGUAUAA